AGGACUUGUAUAACAGUAAAGGGUGGGACCAGAGCCAACACAUUUCACAAUAAUCAGGUCACAUUUUCUCUAGAACAUUCGGGAAAACAGAAUGGACCUUGUCAAACAUACUGGUGGAUGCCACUGUGGAGCUGUUAGAUUUGAAGUUUUAAGUUCCCCAGACCUCCAUGUGUUUCACUGCAAUUGUAGCAUUUGCACCAAGAAACAAAACCAUCAUUUCAUCAUCCCUAAAAGUAACUUUAUACUUUUGCAGGGGUCAGAUAAUUUGACAACGUACACUUUUAACACACAUGUGGCUAAACACACUUUCUGUAAAACCUGUGGAGUUCAAAGUUUCUACAGUCCUCGCUCUAACCCUGAUGGUUUUGGUAUCGCCCCUCACUGCUUGGACCCAGGUUCAGUAAGAAGUGUUACUGUUGAAAACUUCUGUGGUGCCCAAUGGGAAGAAAGCAUGCAAGCUCAUAAAAGUAUUCGCAACAUGUCGAAACCCGUAAAUGACACAGACACAGAAUAA